AAUUUGAUCUCUCACAUCCCGCCAUGGCCGAAUCGAGAUAGCAAUGAAGCUGUCAAGGGUCACUCCUAUCACGCUCUUGGCAGCAAGCUGUCAGGCUGCAUAUGUGCAGUUUCAAGACUGUGCUGAUGCAGUCAAUGAUAAGUCGCUCAUUCCCGAGAGUUUUCGCGCGCAGGUUGAACAAAAGAGAGGGGGGUUUGAGUGGCGGUUUGAUGUUAUCGCUGGGCAGGCGGAUCGGAAUUCCUGCGAUAUUGAUGUUGGAGAUGUUAUACCAAGACUUACGGUUAUCGACUAUGGGAGCGACUCUAAACAAAUCUCGGGAGAGAUCGUCAACAUGUCUUGCUACACUUCUGAGUGGUUCGGCCCGAGAGCUCAUUUCACCAUCGCAUCUUCAUUCAACCGAUCAGCUCUUCUCGAUACCUUUCGAACAACCCUGGAGAUGACAUCGAAAGACAACAAAACACUAUCCUGCAUCCGAGCAAUCUUAACUCCCGCUGCUCCGGAACCAUUCCGCCUUCUCAGUCUCUGGCUCCCCAUCGCCACUUUCGCCUUGACCUGUAUCGCAGCAUGUUGGCCGGCCCAACAAACCAUCAAAUCUUUAACAUCGAAGAACCGCCGUAUCGCACGUGCCAUCGAUCUUUUAGCCUAUAUCCAGUUCAUCUUCUUUUCAGGCGCUCUCAGCCUUCGAUACCCUGGUUUCUUCCAACCUCUCGUCGGCCUCUGUAGCUGGUCUACUCUGAUGCUACCGGCUGGACUGGUAGAAGCCUCCUCACCUUAUCCACGAGCCGGUGUGAAAGACGGCAUCUACGAACACAAUGGGACAAUCACUGGGGCUCCGGGCUUGGAGCUUCUGACGCAAAUGACGGGCUCACCAGUGAAGCCUCAAAGUUGGAUGAAUACUUUCGUCCUGUCACUCAUUAUCUUUUUCUUUCUUUACUUAUCAUCAUAUAUCAGCUUCCGGCUGAACCACCGCGGGUCGAACUCGACGAUUACCCUAGCAACUCUAGGAGCGCAGCUCAAAGACCGAUACUGGGCUGUUGUCAGGCUUUUUCUCAGCUGUUUCAUGUUACCGAUUAGUGCAUGGGCAACCUACCAAUUUCUCGACGAUCAAAUAUUUGGAUAUCGCAACUCAGCCAUGGCUAUCAUAAUCUUGAUUGUGCUAUUAGCAGGCUUCUGGUGGAGUUGGACACGGGAUUCUCAAAUGGGAUCCCUGGUCAUACAAAGCCCCGGCCGGUUGAACAAAGACCCCGAAUCCGGGCGACAAUACUACGCCUUGGUAUUGUUCUCUUUGAUGUUCCUCCGAGGAAGUGUCAUUGGUGGAUUGCAGACGUACACCUCUGUUCAGCUUGGUGUUCUGUUAGGAUGUGAGCUUGUUCAGCUGCUAGCAAUGACGUUCUGGACGAGAUUUGCAUGCUUCAUCUCACUUACCGGCAUUCCUCCAGUUUCAAGACUGGCCUUGUUCGCACUUCAUAUUGGCUUUAUUCCUGGGCUCGCUAGUCAUUCAGGCAGGAUGCUUGUCGCCUAUAUCAUUCUUUGCGGGCAUGUCAUUGUGCUCACAUGCAUUUUCCUUCUUCCUGCCGUUCUCGACAUGGCCCAUCUUAUGUUGUACGGCAGGGCCGUAACAAUCGCUGACACCGGAAGAGGAACACCUAUCCGAGAAGCUCCUCGACCCAUUCAGCGCGCUCAAACAGACACUGAAGAGCUUCAAAAGUCGGAAUCUAUCAAGAAUGGCGACGCGAACAGCUAUACGGGAGGAUUUUCACCAGGCUUCAAUCAGCUUCUGUUGGAGAUGAUUCUAAAGCGUGAAACAAAUAAUGUUAAAAUUGGUCCGAUAUCCCAGAAAGCAUUAACGGAAUUUCUGAAAGAGGUAAGAGGGGAAGAUACGAAAAACGACAUCGAAAAGACUCCGGCAGUCUUCAACGACUCUUCCAGCACCCUUGCCGAUUCGAAACGUUCCAAGGACGAAAUCGUACCCAUCCCAGACAUCUCAAUAGACGACCUAGUCGCUCAUCUACUCUCGGAAGGAAAUUCAGCUAUCCGGCGCGAACCGCUCUACCAUAACCUCAAUCGUCCUAUCAACAAAUACUUCAUCUCAUCUUCUCAUAACACGUACCUUCGCGGCCGCCAAGUCGCUGCCCGCUCCAAGCUCAAAGGCUAUAUCGCAACGCUUUCUCAAGGUUGUCGAUCUGUUGAGGUGGACUGCUGGGACGGAAGAGACGGGCAGCCUAUAGUCAAGCACGGAUAUAGUUUGACAACAUCUAUCAGCUUCCGAUCCGUCAUCGAGACUAUCAAAAAUUAUGCUUUCUUUGCUUCUGACCUGCCCUUAUGGCUAUCGUUGGAAGUACACUGCAGCCCUGCCCAGAGGGAUAUCAUGGCUCGCACGAUGCUCGAGAUAUUCAGAUCAAGUCUGGCGGUCGAGCCACUUGAUACAUGCUCACAGAAACUCCCUUCGCCCAAUCAGCUCCGUGGAAAGAUCCUGCUGAAAGUGAAGGUAGCUCAUGAUCCGGACUCACGUCAGGAACCACUAGCACCCGAAUACCUCAACUUGAACGGGCAUCAGGAAUAUAUUGAGAGGAGGGACUGCCAAGAUCUGCCAGGCGAUUUGCUACAGAGUCUUGCAGUAUAUGGCGCGAGCAGACGACUACCCAAAGACGCAGAAUUUGACACGCAUCGGAAUUUCAUUUACUCUGUCUCGGAGCGGAACUUGCAGAAGCAUACAAAAGACAACCGCUCACUCGAAUUAGCCGAAACACAACAUCUAGUUCGCGUAUAUCCAGACCCAAAUCGAGUCGAUUCAUCUAAUUUCGAUCCCCUCCAGUGUUGGAGACAUGGCGUUCAGAUGGCAGCUUUGAAUUGUCAGACUGAUGACUUUUACAUGAGCCUGAACCAGGCAAUGUUUCAUGGGAGCUCAGGAUAUGUGCUCAAAGCUCCGCCGCAGCCAACACAGAUACGACUCCAAGUUGACGUUCUUAUGGCGCGGGGCCUGAAGGUAUCGAUAGGGAACGGGCCGGUCUAUGUCAAGAUGAAGCUAUUAGCACCUGAUAUAUUGACCCAGAGGGCACGGACUGCAUUUGUGCCUGUACAAGACUCAGAUUUAGCGUUCGAUGAAAACUUGGAGAUGUUGGUGGAGACGAACUACUCUCAUCUCACAUUCCUGCACUGGUCAGUCAAGACCAUGUCGAACGGCCGUUCCAUGUCGAUCACUUCAGGCAUUGCCAAGAUCGACAAUUUGAAGGAGGGAUAUCGGGUUCUACCACUGGGUGAAUCGUCGAAUAAUGAGGGGCGUUUGUUAUGUAAAAUUAGUGUACAGUCGAUGUAAGCGACCGAGACGAUAUUUCAGGAUUAUCUUUUAGAACAAUAAUAGCGCACAGCUUCCAUUCAUUUGGAUUGGAUUGGUUCCAUUUGCGCCCUUGAUAUAACAAAUAAAU